CAAAGAACUUGUGCACAGCUGUGAGAAAUUAAUCUUUCUCCCAUAUGUGGGUGGGGGAGUGGGUAGUAGGUAUGUUCAUUGUAUCUGCGAGUCUGUACCUAUAUUGCCCAUUACUUUUUCUUUAAAAGGCCAGCAUAAACCUUGUUGAAACACGCCACUAAAACCAACCAACCUUUUCACUGCUGUGAGCCAAAACCCAAACCCAUUUCCUUUCUUCUUAGCCCCAUACAAUGUGCUCUGAAUGCUGGCUACUGCCCCUUCUUUUGGUGGGGUUGCAGCAGAAGGUAGGGAAGUGCUGAAGAGCUGCUGGAGGUUUCUGAGCUUUCUGUGUCAUUGUCAGCAUGUGUUCAGUCCCACCUAACAUUUCAGUGAGGCCAAACCAGAAAAGACUGGGCAGGAUCUUCCUCCAUGGAAGAUCCAUGGAUCUCAAGGAAUAAUAGGUUGCUGAUGGUAGGCAGCUGGGCUGCUAUGGGCUAAAAGAUCUGGCCUUGAGCCUUGCUCGGCAGGAUGCAGAGGGAAGGAGCAGUGAUGAGCCUAUUGUUGCAAAAGAGCCAACAACUGGCUGAUUGACACUCAGCACUCAUUGUUGCUCCCUUUGCUCUUAAAUGCAGCUGUGGAGAAAGAAGCAGCGAGGUGGGGGAGAAAAAAAAAAGUGAACCCAAGUAAAAAUAAGACUUCUAGUGUUCAAAGAGGCAACGGGCAUAAAUUAAAAAAACAUAAAAUUCCAUCUAAACACAAGAAAAACUUUGACUGUGGGGGUGCUCAAACACUGCAACAGGUUGCCCAGAGUGGUAGUAGAGUCACUCUGUGUGCAGAUACUCAAAACCUGAUGGGACACCGUUAUGGGCAGCUGGCUCUCGCUGAUCCUGCUUGAGCAGGGGGAUUGGACUAGAUGAUUUCCAGAUGUCCCUUCCAAUGCUCAACCCUUCUGUGAAAGCUUCUUUAAUAUUCAGAUGUAUUCUUUAGCUGCUGUUGUGGAACACUUGGGAAAUAAUUACAAAUGCCCCGGCUGGGCAUUUGUCUCACAAAUGCCGCUGCUGUGUAAUCAUGGCAGUUUUAAUUGUAUAGGGAAAGCAUCCAAGUAUUAAAAUAGUUGAUUGACUAAACUCCCUGAUUUAAGCAGCAAAAGCAAAAAAACCCACCAGCACCACCACGUUCUGCCCUAAACCCAGAAAAGCCCCAAAUACCCCAAACCGUAAAAGACUUUUUUUCUUUAGUUUUUUAACCCCUUAAAAUAUUAGUGGUUAUGAGAAUAAAAGGUAGCUUUAAUGUAACUUAUAAACAGUGAAGUCACUAAAUAGAAGAAACAACUUAAAAAUUUUAAAAAUUGUUUAUCUUUUUUUCCCCAAUUCCCUCUAGCUUUGCCACAAGGUAAAAUCCCCAAAUUAUCCUAUGAAAAAUGAAGGAAAAGAAAGGCAGGAACACAAGAGGAAAAACAGCAGAGAGAAUCCUAAGACAUCCCACCAAACUCUGCUGUUUAUUCCUUUCAGCGCACAACUAGUAAGACCUGAGGUGAUUUGAACGAACUUUUCUCUAAACCGUGUUUCUUUCCCUGGCUCUUUUAGUCCUCCCCUGUUUGCAUUUUGCAUAGCCCUCAGAAAGACUGCAGUGCAGUAAUUGGCAAGGAGGGAAUUACUAGGAGGGAAAAUCAAGCUAUGGUGGCUCCUCUUGCAGUGUUGUGUUGCUGAGAUCUGCGUUUUGGAGCAGGAGCUCUGUGUAACUGCUGAGGCUGAUCCAUCUUCGCAGCAUUCUGUGCAGGAUGACAGCUGGGAACACGCUGCCGAGGUGGGCCCUUGGUGCUGGUCUGCUUAGUGUCAUCUGGGAACAUCGCUGCUCUGGCACUACGGAAUAGCUGCUCAGAUUUGUCAGAGUUCACUGGCACUGUUGGACUCUGUGGCCAAAGAAAGAAACUGGGCAGACUAUAGCAAAGCUCCUGUUAUUGGCAAGAGUAAAGAGAACUCUAACAGAGCAUUGAGAAAGCCUAUUCUCCUUUAUCCUCAAGCUGCAGAUCAAAUGAGAUUCAAAUAAAACAAAGGAAAAAAACUAUCUUAGAGCAUGGACACCAGUAAGAAGACAGAACCCCCUUUAUCUGUGGAAAUGGUGCAACAAAGGGCCAAUCCUGAUCGCAGUCCUUCAGCAUCGAUUUAUGUUCCAGAGCAAGGUGGCUACAAAGAGAAAUUUGUAAAUGCUGUGGAAGAUAAGUAUAAAUGUGAAAAAUGUCACCUCAUCUUAUGCAAUCCUAAACAGACUGAAUGUGGACACAGAUUUUGUGAGACCUGCAUGAAUGCCUUGCUAAGUUCUUCUAGUCCAAAAUGUACAGCGUGUCAAGAAAGCAUAGUAAAAGAUAAGGUAUUUAAAGAUAAUUGUUGCAGGAGAGAACUACUUGCCCUUCAAAUAUACUGCAGAAAUGAAAACAAGGGCUGUAAAGAACAACUGUCUUUGGGUCAAUUACUGAUGCAUUUGAAAACUGAUUGUCAGUUUGAAGAGCUCUCGUGUCCUCGUGCUGAUUGCAAAGAAAAAAUACUGAGAAAAGAUUUGCCAGACCACGUAGAGAAGACCUGUAAAUACCGGGAGACAACCUGUAAAUACUGUAAAAGCCAAGUUCCAAUGAUUAUGUUGCAGAAACAUGAAGAUACAGACUGCCCGUGUGUCAUGGUUUCAUGUCCUCAUAAAUGUAGUGUUAAAACACUCAUGAGGAGCGAGUUGAAUGCACAUUUGUCAGAAUGUAUUAAUGCCCCAAGUACCUGUAGUUUUAAGCGUUAUGGCUGCACUUUUCAGGGAACAAACCAACAAAUUAAAGCACAUGAAGCCAGCUCAGCAGUGCAGCAUGUUAACUUAUUGAAAGAGUGGAGCAAUGCUCUAGAAAAUAAGGUGGCCUUGCUCCAGAAUGAAAGUUUGGAAAAGAACAAGAGUAUACAAACUUUACAUAAUCAGAUUUGUAGCUUUGAAAUAGAAAUUGAAAGACAGAAGGAAAUGCUGCGGAAUAAUGAAUCUAAAAUACUUCAUUUACAGCGAGUGAUAGACAGUCAAGCAGAGAAACUGAAAGAACUGGACAAAGAAAUCCGUCCCUUCCGACAGAACUGGGAGGAGGCUGACAGUAUGAAGAGCAGUGUAGAAUCCCUCCAGAACAGAGUAACUGAGCUGGAAAGUGUUGAUAAAACUGCAGGGCAAGGAGCUCGAAAUACAAGCCUGCUAGAGACACAGCUGAGCAGACAUGAUCAGAUGCUGAGUGUUCAUGAUAUUCGGCUGGCUGACAUGGACCUCCGAUUCCAAGUUUUGGAAACUGCCAGUUACAACGGAGUAUUAAUUUGGAAAAUUCGAGAUUAUAAGCGUCGGAAGCAAGAGGCAGUCAUGGGGAAGACUCUGUCCUUGUACAGCCAACCCUUUUAUACUGGAUACUUUGGCUACAAGAUGUGUGCCAGAGUUUACCUUAACGGAGAUGGCAUGGGAAAGGGGACGCACUUGUCGCUGUUUUUUGUCAUAAUGCGUGGAGAAUACGAUGCGUUGCUUCCUUGGCCGUUUAAACAGAAAGUGACUCUCAUGCUAAUGGAUCAGGGACCAUCUCGACGCCACUUAGGAGAUGCUUUCAAGCCAGAUCCAAACAGCAGCAGUUUCAAGAAGCCAACUGGAGAAAUGAACAUUGCAUCUGGCUGCCCAGUCUUUGUGGCUCAAACUGUUCUAGAGAAUGGAACGUAUAUUAAAGAUGAUACUAUUUUUAUUAAAGUCAUAGUGGAUACAUCAGAUCUACCAGACCCCUGACAUAGGAUGGGGGAGGCGGAUUAAACAGAAGACAACUCCGUUUGGGGGUUUUAUAUCAGUUUGUCUUCAAUCAGAGGUCCUAAAGCUCACAGAACCACCUUGUGGAACAGACGGAAGAGUUUGAAGGCAUAACUGCAUAGGGUCCAAUUGCGAAAGUAGCAACACAUUAAGAAAUCAUACCAUGGUAUAUUUUUUAAUAGAACUAGCAACACUUAAGCUCUGAAGAAUCACUUAUCCCUCAUGAGGAUAAUGAUUAUGGUCAGAGAGGAUUUUUUUUUUUAACUUAUUAAUGAUCUAGUCAAUUGGAGGUGAAAAGACGUACAGUAUGUGCUGAAUAAAUUACUGACUUUUAUUUCUUUAAGCUAGAAUACAAAAACAAAAAAAAAACUUCACGUGGGCUAGCUGGAAAUUGUCAGCAUGUUAAAAGAAGAAAUGAUGAAGUAAUGUUGCAAUUAUGAUAUUAUUUGAAAAACUGAGGUGCAAUCUUGUCUGAAAUAUAGUAUAUUGUCUUUUUAAGGCCUCAUCUGGUCUCUGUUUUAAUAAUUACUUUGUUGGAAGAUCUUGGAAAAGUAUCCAUGUCUUCUCAAAAGUAUCUGAAUCAAAAUCAUAUUUUUAUUUAAAGUUCUAUUGUUACAGAAAACAUUUUAUUUUAAAACUGUUGAUAGACUGAUAUUUCUUGGAAGAAAAAUAGAAGAUAUCAAACACUGGUUAUCACUUGUGAUAGGAAAAAAAACUAUUCAAUUCUGUUAUUUCUCUUUAGAAAUGUAAACCUACAAUAUAUGUCGUAGUUAAUGACACUAUUUCAAAAUUAAGGAAAAAUCACUCAUGGAUGCUGUGCAUCAUUAUCAGAUUUAUAAUUGUUUUCACCCUAAAAUAGGGCAUUUGUUGAACUUUGGAGUUCUAAACGGAAUCCUGUACAUUUUUUAAAGUUCUGCCCCAUGCUUUCCAAUCAAGCUAUAUAUGUUGCACAUUAUGCUGUCAGCAGUAUAUAGUAUUUUCAGUAUUGGGGAGGAGGAUUAGUGCUGAAAAAAGCCUAUAUGUUUGUUCUGUACUAGCAGCCAUUGCUUCUAAAGGACAAAUCAGCAAUGUCUUAAUACAGUGAUGGUGGCUUGCAUGCAUACAUGUGCCUUAGAUGUGCCGUGCUGCUUAUAAACCAUAGCUUUUUAUUCAGAUUAAUUCUGAUAUCUGAAAUGGUAGUUUAAAAGGACUUCAGGCAUAAUGUUUAGCCAUGUCUUCAGAGCGCAUAGGUACCUUGCAAUGUACAAAAUAGAAGCCAAAGCCCAUUUCUUUGACUUCUGGAGCUUCUAUGACUUGGCCAUGGUAGAAUCCAUCUUAUUCAGGUGCCAAAACGUUAUGCUCAGUGCUCCUAUGGAGCUUGGACUAGACAGUCCCCAUGGCCACUGUGAAGGCAGGUGACAUUUUUCCUCUAAUGCCUGUGGUUGUAAGGUGGUAUCACAUGAAAUGGACCCAUCUGAGAACUCUGGGGGGCUGCGAAUGUAUAUGCUUAUGACAGCUUUUCAUAGCAGGCAAGCAUCCUAACAGGGAAUGCACGGGCUUCUUUCUUAUAACAGCCUGAACUGUAGUGGAAAGCAUUUGCUAGCCCUGAAACAUGCUGAUUGCAGCCUGCUGUGUUCAUCUGCUUCUUAUUUAAUAGCCUGUGACAAGCAAGUCUAGAGAUAUAGCCUGACUGUGGUGCUCUUUAAAAUCCAAGAACCACUUAAGCAGAGUGGACUUGCACCACUGUGUUUUUAGCCUUUGUGGGCUUGAAAGAAAAAGUUGCAUCUCAGCCUUUAAUGUCAGGUUCAAUGCGUUUUCUGCUUUUUGAGGCAUAGUCACAAUUUCUGUCUAAGGUGCAGUUGAAUUCAUGCCUUUGUAUUUCAGCUUGUCUUUGCCGUUGUCUUUUUUGGCUGUGCCUUCACACACAGUGCCUGCAAGAAGUAUUUAUUAAUAUACAAUGCAUGCUAAGUGGUCUUCAUGGGUUUUCCAGGCACCUGCUAGAAUACUGCCUGCUGCUGACUGUCGCAACUGUCAGCGGCAACUUGUCUUCCUUUUCUUGCCUUCCGUUGUCCAGGUACUGUACUCCCUUUAUGGUACAUAGCUGUCAACAGGUGCAAGCUCAAAUAUGGAGGCAUGUGCUAGCAUUUAAUUUCUAGCAUGGAAGGAGGACGUUCUGCACAAGAGAUAAAUAUCUAUAGAUAUACCUGCAUCUAUAUCUCUAGAUAUAAUUAUAUGGCACUUGCAGUUUUAUGCAGGCUGCAUAAGCAAACCCAUCACUUAUGCUUUAGGGCGAAGGUUCGCUCAACUUGUGUCAUUUUAAUAAUUGUGAAUGUAGGCAGCUGAGCUUUUGUGUUUGUGCAUCACAGAAUUUUACUGAAAACAGGAUUCCCAAGUGGAAAUGUCCAAAGGACUCUCCUCCCAUUGCCAAUGCAUGUCUUGUAAACUUAAACGAAACCGUUUGGCCAUCUCAAAACAGUUUAUAUCCUGUUUCAAUCUGGGACUUGGAGGAGAUUUCUAGUAUAAGCAGGGCCCAGCAUAUUCUGCAGAUUUGUGACUACAGUUUCCAACUCCUGUGACAGAAUUGCGCUUCUAAAUCUAGGCUCUUUAAAAGAGGAGGAAAAAAGUGUUUCCAGCCUUUGUGAUUGAAAGAGAACUUUGAAACAUGCGAAAAGUGUAAACUAAUAGGGAAGUCUUCCUGAGUCUGCGCACAGCCUAAACUAGUAGCUUUAAGAGAUCUGAAUAUCUCCUCUUAGUGGGAUAUUGACUCAGAAACUUCAUAGAGAAGUUUAAAUAUGAACACUGCUAACUAUAUUAAUGCCGAUCACUGUAGCAGAAACAUCAGUCACUGUUGUAUUUCACAGAUCUCUAUGCUGCUUUCCACAUCUCCCAAGUGCCAAAAGCACCAGCUGCCAGAAUCUUCAGCUUCACUUGGGCAGCUUUUAUAAUGCAGUAAUGUGCUAUCGAUAUAAAAAUAUUUUUGCAUAUAUGCUUUUUAUCACAGUUAAUAAAAUGGAGGCCUACUGCACUUAUUUUUUAAAAAUACAUGAAGCUGCCAGAGAAUUUCCAGUUUGCCAACCCUGCGUACUGUGAAAUCCAGGAUCUUGCUACACAAAUGUAGACACCGCCUGCUGUGGAAUACCUGAAGCCUUGACUGUAACACACCUUUCUCCGCAGAACUUGCAGGCCAUCUCUGUAGAGUUCAUACUGUGUACAUAGAAAUCGGUUUCCUCUGCUUUCCAGCAAGGAGUAUGUAGCAUUUUGUGAAAACAAGGCCACCGUAUAUUCUCUAAAUUGAAAGGAAAAGAUAGCUGGUGCUUUACUCAACACUUAAAUAAUUUAACUUUUUCUCUCAUCAUUGAAAUGCCCUUUAUCCUUUUUUCUAUAUGUUCCUGACCCAGAUAUCCGAAGUUUUCUAGGGACUGUCUGUUUAAAGUGAUUCAUAGGGCAACAGUCUGACCCCACAUAUACUCCUGAAUCCCGGCUAACUCCUGUGGUAUGCCAUUAUUGCAAGGGGGUCCCAGAGUAUUUGCAUUACUUUGAACAGAGUUUCUUCAAUGGAAUCUUUUUUUUUUCCUCUGCUUAGUAAUUCUUAGCAGCACACAACUGAAGUCUCUUGCUGGUAUUCUUUCUUAAUGAUGACGCUCCAAGUUAUGUACAAGCCUCUUCCGUUUCCAGCUUUCUCUAGGGAGAUUCCAGUGUGUGACAAUCUGGAUGUUGCCCUCUUUGUACGCUCUUCAGCACAGGGUGAGUGCAUCUGUUACCUAGAAAGUCUUGAAUUUUAAACAGGAUGAAACUAUUUGGGUGUUUAAAGACCAACCUGUGAUUAUGAUGCAUGACCAUGUCUGCAUUACUUUUCUGAUCUAAUUAAAGGGGUCUUGUUUCAGUUACUGUCUACAUGGUACACCUUCAACUGCUGACUUACAAUAUGCAAUGUUGAUUUCAGCCUUGUACUGUAAAUGUUGUUCUUCACAAAGAGAAUGUGCAAUAGGAGAAGGGGGUGAUGGGUGGCAUAAUUUUGAUGGGAAAAAAAAUGUGGGUAACAUGCUAGCUUUCUUUAGAAAUACGAAAUACAGUCUAUUUCCUUUUUCUGUGGGUUUUCCUACUUGGAAAAGGAAAGUUGAAGAUAUAUGCCUGUCUCUGUGCCUGGUGAAUUUCUCAAAUGCAAAGGUAAUUGAGAUUUGUGUUAGUUGUAAUUUAAGUGUUGAACCCAUGAAUGUUAGGUUGUGAUUGUAUCGCUCGUGUUGCUCGGCUUGCCACGAUUCUGGCUUGUUGAGAUGGAGUUUAAAAGCUACCACCUAUUUGUAUCUGUAUUCCAUCACGUGGGAUAGGCAUUUCACCAACAAUGCAGCGUUUCUGUUGUUGUUUUGUUUCAUUUUUAAAACACGGGUGCUGUUUGGUCCAAGACAAAGAAGCGUGUAGGGAGUGACAAGAAAAGUUGCCUGCACCGCAGAAGAGUGAAAAAUGUGACUGCAGUAUUGAUGCCUUGAUAUGAUUUAACUAUGCAAAUAUACAAAUAGGUGAGGGGGAAAAAUUCUUGGGUUGCAUACCUAAUCUCUUUGGUUUUGCUCUGUAAAUUACUCGUACAUGUGUAGGUACAUACAUAUAUGCACAGACGUGCAUGCACAUAUAUAUGCAAAGUCUUUUCUUUACGUAGAAGUGAUGAAACAAAACCCUUUCCCCCAAGUUAUACUUGAUCAGUUGGUGCAAAUAUAACUUGCUGCUGCUAAGGGAGGAUCUUGGCUAAGGGCAAACUUUGGGUUCACAUCCUACAGGUUUGAAGACCUGUAUAUAGCAAACAAACAGUUUGUUUAGCCUUUCUGAAGACCUUGGAAUGUCACCUAGGACACAGGUCCUUCCUCAUACUCCGCUAAUUUGGAGAUUCCUGAAUUUUAAACAAAAAUAGUGAUGGGCAACUUGUUAAUUGCAAAUGCUUUCCUUUAAUUUGGGAACAAAGAUAAUAAAAAGCAGCUGGACCUCUUCCUGGAAUUCCUAUCCUGUUGAGUCAAUACCUCUAUAUUCUGGUUGACCUAGAAAUCAUAGCUACUGCAAUAAAAGCGAUCGGUUUGGGAAUUCAGUCAGAGUAGUUUUUAGUGCUAUGUAGAGCAUAGGAAGCACUUCACAUCUGCAAACAUGUUCUUCUUCUAGCAAGUGCUGUUUUUAUUUUCUGGAAAAAGGAAAUCAAGGAUGAGAUGUGAAGUGACUUGCCCAGAGUCAGAAAAGGAAUCUCCUGGAGCCGGGACUGAAUGAGAGGUUCCAGUUCCCUAGUGUUAUCUUCAAAUCACUAGGUUUUUGCUCUUUUAAUACGUUUGUCCCUUAAAGGAACCAAAAAACAAGUUGACAUACCUUAAAGACCCGCAUCAGGACAGUAAGGGCUAGAAUUAAACAUACAAGCUGUCAUGAUUUGGGGUUGUACGUGUGUGGUAGCCCAGACGUUGCUCACUACUUGGCAGUGCUUUGCACGGCCUGCAGAGUGGAAGGCCGGCGCAAUGUGUCGAUGUGAAUAAUAGCAGCAAAUGUGUGUCCUGCUCUAUUUGUUCAGAAUCACCCAACGAAGUCAGUCUCAUUUGACGCUCCUCUUAACUGAGGAGGGAGAAUACCGUUUUAAAUUGAAGUGGGUUCAUCUUUGUUCUACCAGCCUGUAGCAUGACUGACCAUUUCUUUCUUGUGGGGCUUUCUCCUGUUUUCUUUAAACCAAAAUAUGGAGGGCUUAAUUGUUCUUUCCUGCCUCUUAAUCCAGGCUUUUGCUGAGAAGCACCAGUUAGGAAGGUUGUGGAAAACUUUGGACUGCUGAUUCAGGGACAUCCUCUUAAGAUUUAGAAGAGUAGAGAUAUACAACGUGUAAGGGAUCUGACUAUUCCUAUUUCUCUUCUAAUUUGUGGUCAAGACUGCAGCUUCUGUCUUCCAUUUCAUGAUAUUAGUGUAGAUACUAGGCUGUGUUUGUUUAGGUUUUUUCCCUCCAAGUUAGGAUUAGUUCCUUAGGGUUCGAAUAAGUUCUGAAUUUCACAGAGAAGCACCUGAACCAAAAUCCUGGAUCCAAACAUCCCAGACUUGAUGUGGAAUUCAAAUCUGGAUCCCAACUCUGUGGCUUACUAACCUACCCAUUUAGGGGAGGGUUUCUUGUCUCUAUGUGGUGUUUGUGUUUUUGGUCCUUUGGAACUAAGCUUUUAAUUUGGUUGCCAGUUCUGCAAGGACUUUUUAACUUCUUAGCAAUGCCGGUGUUCACACGCUCCAUUGCUGGCAGUGUGAUGCGUAGUGAUAAAAUUUGACUCUGUCUAAGGGUUACUGAGAUAAACCAGCAUUAUCAUUCGUAAAGGUCAUUUUCUUGCAUAGUGUUGUGAGCUUUGGAUUUGAAUAUAGCUCACAUAUGAAAGGACACAUCUUCCAACUAUGACCUGCGUCACUGGCAGAGAGUUGUAUAAUCUGUACUUGUGGAAUGGGAAGGUACAAGCUUCCAUCGUUGCUGAUGCAUCAUGUGAUCCACCUAUUUUGUUUUUCUUAUAGCUGUUGUUUGGUUUAUAUAUUUUUUUCAGUUUUAUAUUAAAAAAAAAAAAGAACGGGGGAAGUUCAGGAUUUUUUCUACAAGGUAUAAAACUCCAAUGAUUUAGUGGUGAUUAGAGAGCUGUGAAAAAUACCCCAUUAGGAGAUGAUGGGCUAAACAUAGGUCCAUUUCUCUUAGACAAGUAGGAUAACCUUUAAGAUGCAUGGAACAACGUAAUAAUCGGGAAAACUAAAGCUGACAUUUGUUUCCAAGAAAUUCUGUAAGAAAUAUCUAUGGAAAAGACAUCAGUGAUCAAGAAUAAUGUACAAAUUAAUAUGUUUGAAACUUGUGUAUCCAUUUCUUUAUUCUCAUACUCUUCAGUGAACGGUACACUUGUGUUCAGUUUUAUGAUCAAAAACAAAGACCAAAGAAGGCCAACCUCAUUUGAUUGUGUAUAUUCUGCCUGUCUUAAUUAUCAAUAGCUGUAAGGAUACAGUGCAAGUGAUCUGGUAACCAGUGGUUCUCGUCCUUUUCUUUUAGGGGGGAAAACAACUUUAAAAUGUAUAAUUUAUUGCUCAGCAAUAACCAUGUUGUUAAAAUAAUAAUUAAAAAAAAGGAAUUAGCAACAUGUCUUAAUUUCCCAAUAGCAUUAUUAUAUGUUGUAUUUCAGUUUAUUGUAUAUUGUGUUUUUGUAUUUAUUUGUGUUUGGAGGUCUUGCUAUGUCUUUUUGUGUUUAAAUGCUAAUAAACAAGGACAGUGUGUAAGAGUGUAGAAUGCCAAACUCUGAAAUGCUAAACUGUGUUAUUAAAGGAAAAAUAAAUCUAAGUAGGAAAUCAUA